AUGGCUACCGGCUUUCUGCGCGUAAAGGGAGACACUAUCGUCGACGGGGAGGGGAAUGGUCUUGUUAUGCGAGGAGCUGCCCUCGGCGGAUGGAUGAACAUGGAGAAUUUCAUCACAGGUUUUGCAGGCCAUGAAGCACAGCAUCGCGCUGCCAUGCGUCGAGUCCUCGGACCAGAGAAAUACGAAUUCUUCUUCGACAGAUGGCUUGAGUACUUUUUCACCGAGACCGAUGCUAAGUUCUUUGCGGAGCUCGGGUUGAACUGCCUACGGCUGCCAUUCAACUACCGACAUUUCGAGGAUGAUAUGAAUCCCCGCGUAUUGAAGGAAUCGGGAUUCAAACACCUGGAUCGAGUCGUGGACCUGUGCGCAGCACAAGGCAUCUACACCAUCUUGGAUAUGCAUGCCGUCCCUGGUGGCCAGAACCCAGACUGGCAUUCCGACAACCCUACCGGCUAUGCCGCAUUCUGGGACUACAAGGAUCAUCAAGACCGGACUGUUUGGCUCUGGGAGCAGAUUGCGACGAGAUACAAGAAUAAUCCAUGGGUCGCUGGUUACAAUCCGCUCAAUGAGCCAUGUGACCCGGAGCAUGUACGACUACCUGCCUUCUAUGCUCGCAUUGAGAGCGCAAUUCGCAAGAUUGACCCCGACCACAUACUGUGGCUCGAUGGGAACACGUUCGCCAUGGAAUGGAAGGGGUUCGACGUCGUGUUGCCGAACUGCGUGUAUGCCAUGCACGAUUACUCUUCCAUGGGCUUUCCCACCGGCGAUCGAUACAAGGGAACAGCAGACCAGAAAGCACACCUAGAGCGUGGCUAUCUGCGCAAAGCGCAGUUCAUGAGCGAGAACAAGACACCCGUGUGGAACGGGGAGUUCGGGCCUGUCUAUGCAGACAACAUAUCCGAUCUUGACGCAGAAACAGUUAAUCAGGAACGAUACAACCUCCUCGGCGAGCAGCUGCGCAUUUACGAUAAGUACAACAUCAGCUGGUCGAUCUGGCUCUACAAGGACAUUGGUCUACAGGGUAUGAUUUAUACGAACCCCGAAAGCAGAUGGAACCAAAGACUCCGGCCGUUCCUGGCCAAGAAGAAAGACUUCUGGCUGGAUAAAUGGGGCCGUCGGCCUGCGCCUGAUCCUGAGGCUGCGCUGAAGCCUUUGGUCGAUUGGAUUGACAGUGUCAGUCCUACUGCUAAAGAGACUUACCCCACUUCAUGGAACACGGAGAUGCAUGUCAUGCGGAAUGUGUUUAAUACCUUCUUGGCCGCAUCUUUUGUGGACGAGUUUGCCGAGUUGUUCAGGGGAAGCAGUGAGGAUGAUCUUGAUGAGCUGGCUAGAAGCUUCCAUUUUGACCGCUGUGUGCAGCGUGAGGGAUUGAACCGGAUCCUCAAGGACCAUGCACAUUCGUCUCUUUGA